UCCGGCCACGUUUCUCUUCCCGCGGAACUAAAGGGAGGAAUCCAGGAUGGCAUAUGUCGCCAGCACUGAGGCCCCACUGUGCUCCGAGCAGUUCGGCUCCGGGACGGCCCGGCGCUGUCGCGCCGCCGCCGACGGGAGCCUGCAGUGGGACGCCUGGGGGCGGCGCUGGUGGGCGUUCUCCGGGGCCUUCACAGCGAAACCCGGAGGACGAGAUGGGGGCGAAAGGGUGGCUCCCGGCACGGCCGUCCCACCUCUUUCACGGCUCCUGGCUGUCUUCCUGCCUCAGGGCUUCCCCGAUAGCGUCAGCCCGGACUAUCUGCCCUACCAGCUGUGGGAUUCCGUGCAGGCCUUUGCUUCCAGCCUCUCGGGUUCCCUGGCCACCCACGCAGUCUUGCUGGGCAUAGGGGUAGGGAACGCAAAAGCCUCUGUUUCAGCUGCCACGGCCACCUGGCUCGUGAAAGAUUCAACUGGCAUGCUGGGCCGCAUCAUCUUUGCCUGGUGGAUGGGGAGCAAAAUGGACUGUAAUGCCAAGCAGUGGAGGCUUUUUGCCGACAUCCUCAAUGAUGUAGCCAUGUUACUCGAGAUUAUGGCUCCCAUAUUCCCCAUCUGUUUCACCAUGACCAUCUGCAUCAGCAACCUGGCCAAGUGCAUUGUGGGCGUGGCUGGUGGGGCCACUCGGGCCGCACUGACCAUGCAUCAGGCCCGGAGAAACAACAUGGCCGACGUGUCAGCCAAGGACGGCAGCCAGGAGACGCUGGUAAGCCUGGCAGGGCUCCUGGUCAGCCUCUUGAUGCUUCCCCUGGUGUCAGAUUGCCCUAGCUUAAGCCUUGGCUGCUUCUUCUUCCUCACUGCCCUCCACAUCUAUGCCAACUACCGGGCAGUCCGGGCCCUUGUCAUAGAGACCUUGAACGAACGCCGGCUCUGGUUGGUCCUGAAGCACUUCCUUCAGCGGGGAGAGGUACUUGGCCCCGCUUCAGCCAAUCAGAUGGAGCCGCUGUGGACAGGUUUCUGGCCAUCUCUGUCUCUAUCCCUGGGGGUCCCCCUACACCGUGUGACUUCCAGUGUCUUUGAGCUGCAAAAGCUGGUUGACGGGCACCAAGAACCCUACCUCCUUCGCUGGGACCAGUCACAGAACCAGGUACAGGUUGUCCUGAGCCAGAUGGCAGGCCCUGAGACCAUUCUAAGGGCUGCCACUCACGGACUGGUGCUUGGAGCCCUGCAGGGAGAUGGACCCCUCCCAGGAGAGCUGGAGGGACUGAGGAACCGAGUACGGGCUGGUCCUGAGAAAGAGAGCUGCGUCAUCGUCAGGGAGACCCACCAAGUGUUGGACAAGCUAUUUCCAAAGUUCUUGAAAGGACUGCAGGAUGCGGGCUGGACGACUGAGAAGCACCAGCUAGAGGUGGAUGAGUGGAGGGCCACGUGGCUCCUGUGUCCAGAAAAGAAGCUCUUGUGAGCAGCCCGGCCAGAGGCCCAGGUCCCAGGACAGGAGCCUGGAGCAAGGACACUUUGGCCACAGCAGGACCUGGGAAAGGCAGCUUUAUUUUUGCUUAGGGGCACCAAUGUGGCCAGUUGGCCAAGGAAUUGACUACCAAUCAGAUGGACUGGGCCCCAGGCAGAGACAAGGUAGAGAGAAGGGGUACCAGGGCCUUCCCCCUGCACUCUCCUGCCCCAGGCCCUUCUCACCACUGCAGGCUCCCCACCCCCACUCACUGCAAGGCUGUGGCUCAUGGCGCCCGACACAGUUGACCUCAGGCGUAAAAGCCCCAGAGGAACGUGGCCACAGCCAUCAUGAGCAGGGCAUUGAGGCUGACGACACGGGCCCAGCUUGGGUCCUCACUGAUGUCCUCCAGUCGCCUGGCUGCGGCAGCCAUCUCCUCCUGGGUAGGGCGUGGGGGACUGCCUGCCCCAUCCCUGCUCAUUCCACAGAACCAGAGCAGGCACUGGCGCAACAGGCCUGGUGCUGGGGACGGGGGCUCUGGGAGAAAUUGCGGCCGUACAGUUAGUCGGCUCCCCCAGCUCCCCCACCCCAGCUCCCCGGGCAGUGCCUUACCCUCCAUCUCCACCGCGUGCUCAGGGCGCCCGUUCUGUACAGGGGCUGAGGGUGGACCUGCUAGCUCCUCAGCAUCCAGGUCCUCCCGCUCCUCCUUGCUGUACCGGAGACUGAAGACCAGGCGGUGGAGCUGGGGAAGGGUGGGAGCAGGGACCAAGUGGGAGUGCCGUUCCCCCACCCCGAACCUGGAGGUCUCUCAUCCACACCGGCACUCCCUCACCUCCCUCUGUCCAGCCUGCACACCCGCCCAGGCUCACUCCAGGAUGACCUUCCACAGCUGCCCUUUGCCCUCAGGCUAAACCCGAGCUCCUCAGCUGGGUGUUUAAAGCUCUUGGCUCUGCUCAGCCCUCUGCUUCAUCACCCUGUCUACACUCACGAUUGUAGUACUUUAGUCUUACAGCCCUGCUAACAGUGUUCCUUCCCGUGGGUGUUUGCUCACAGGGUUCCCUCCUGCUGCCCUUCCCCUUCUCCACCCGUGGGGUCCUGCCCAUCCUUCCGGGCCCACCUCUUUUGUCCUCCCCCAAGUCAGCUCUGCCCUGGGGCACCUGCCUUGCCACAGCACAAGACCAAACCCUUUUUGGGCUUUCAGGGUAGUACUCUGUCCCUCUCAGCCACCAAUCAGGCCAAGACUCUGGGGGGCUUGAACCUCCCCCACAGUCUUCUUCAAGCCGCCUCCAAACCACCUCAAAUAAACGUGAUUUAAAUAAAAA